AUGAUUCUCGAUAGCAAAGAAAAGGUAGAUUUUAUGGCAUUAGCCACACAACUUUUUGACGGGGAAAACGUCACCGAGAGUCGAUCGGAAGACAUUCCCAAUGUUCCUGCUUAUCCGGAAGUUUUACUUCAACAAUCGGAGAAGGGGAAUCGAUACUAUGGAUCCUUCCAAAGGUAUCUGAGACAAUUCAUCCCGGAAUCGCCACAGAAGCUAGUACGAUGGUCACUGCGUUCUCGAAUAAAGGAUACACUGAAGAAAGUGAUUGAGGCAUGGGCUGUUUCAGAACAAAAGUCCGAGAUUGAAUCAAAUGGAGGCACUGGAGGAGGAUCGAAGCAGGUGACGAAGACAGCCACUCCGGCCAAUGCAUUAUUCAGUUGGAGUUCAGCAGACUCCUAUGUUCAAGAAAGGCGGAAACAAUUGAAGGAGAAAACAACAACAAAGAUUGAAACAGUAGAAGCCUCUUCUCCUAAUCAUCAUCCAACCAAGGAACCUACUCCACCUUCAGACUCAGAUAUCUUCAUAUAUCAACCAACAGAGUCAAUGACCAAUAAAUUGGGUCGUGUAAUUGAAACUGAGUCCAGUAAAUUUAUACAUGCAAGAAUCCAAAUGAUUAAGGCACAUCAUAACGAACAAAUCUCACAAAAAAUUCAUGAACGUAAGCGUAGAGAUCAUGAGCAGCAUCUUCAUAGACUCAAGAUGAAGGAAGAAGAAUAUAACCAGAGCUUGGAGUCAACUCAAACCACGAAACAAGGCUUUUUCGGUACGAUAUUUGGAUUUAGCGGUAACAAUAAUAACAAUAAUACUACCACCAAGAAAGAAGAAAAGAAGAAUGAAUUGAAGGUAGGAGAUGGAGAAAACGAAGAUAUAUCCAUUCAAGAUGAAACAUUGGAUUCUAUUGUCGGUUCUAACUCAAUGGACAUUGAUACAACAACCAAACAUAAACAGGUUCCUUCCUUUACAGGCACUGUACCGAACGGAGAACCACCAAACGAGGCUACUGACAUCCCUAUACAUGAGGCAAAUAGCGAAACUGAAGAAUCUAAGAAAGUUGAGGAUGCUGAAAAAGUAUACAUGGUGGAAGAAGUUAAGGACGAACCAAAGAAAUCAAUUGUACACCCCCGUCCAGCACAUAUUCAAAUUGGUCACGACUCCCCUAUUCACUCACCCACAAUUCUUACACCAGUAAAAAGAACUACCUUCACUCCUCCCGUUCAACCAGAGCCUGCCGGACCAGGAAAGGAUGACGACGAGUUUGACGACUUUCUGGAAUUUACAUCGGCUGCACCUGUUCUUAAGCCAAAAGAAAAGCCCAAUAGAUUUAUGCCAUUAGAUAAAAUUGAACAUCUGAAUCAGGAUUUGGUUGACUUAUUUGAUAAACCAUCUAAAACUAAUCCUACAGAGCCCGAAGAUUUAUUGUCUUUAUAA